GAAGGGCCCCUUCUUGUCCCUGUAGUGCACAAUCGCCGCUGCAAUUUCCUGCGUAAUCCCAUGCACACACUGCAGUUCGAAAACACUCGCUUUAUUCACAUUCACAAGUUUAUUACUCUUAACCGUGAGCCUCGAAUCGACGCUCCUAAGGCUAUCGUAACUCUGAGCUCUCGAUGAGGCACAGCUCAAAUUCCUCCGACUCGAGACACAGAUUUCCGGUCUUAGAACCUCGAGUUUGUCGGCUCCGAUACCUCGGACGAGGGCCAGGUCCUCCACCUUCCGGAACCGGCCAAUGGCCUUCCGGUGGUCUACUAUACUCCGGGCAGUCUCCCGACUUACCCCCGGGAGCGUCAUGAGCUCCUCCUCGCUUGCUUGAUUGAUGUUAAGGAGUUCCAUCUUGUCGUGGUUGUCGUUGAGAGUGAAAGUGUGGCUCAGGUUCGAGUUGUUGUGGGACUUACGCGGAAACGACCGCAGAGAUUUUCGGCGCCCGGGCUUGGGGAGACUCGCAUUCUGGCCCAUACUUGCCGAGAAGUGGACCAUGGGGGCUGUCGGAGACUAUCACAUCAAGCAGAGGUGGCGGUCGAAAGCGCUCAACUGUUUGUCAAUCGAUGGCAACUUGAUGGUCUUCGUGUAAUUGGUUUGACCUCUGAAUUCCGAUUGGUACACGACGAUUUUACUAUGAAGCUCACGUAUGACACUAUUAAAUUAUAAUUAGAACGAUUUCUAGCAUGACCUAACGCUAGCUGAUUAUAAACUCAACUGCCGUGUUUAUGUUUUUCUGACAGAUUUUUGACAGGUGGGAAACGUGCGUCGUGAAUUGAACAGUCUCCUCAAGGCCACACAAAAUUUUACAAUAAAUUUAUCAACAGUUUGCUGAUUCCUAUGUAAAAUUUAUUCUAACUUAUCGUUACUUUAAAGCCCCUUUGUCUAGAAAAAAACACUUCAUAAUUUUUAGUCCUAUAAUUUUCAUUUACAGCUGUUAUUUAUCAUUAAUACGUCACGUUAUAUAAACCCAUUUAACAUGUUUAAAAAAUGAAUAUGAAAAAAGACCAUGCAAGAGGUAAUAAAUAGUGUUAAAAUUUUAAAUUGUGCCUAAAUUAUACAACACAUGUGCCUCAAAAGCCAAUAAAUCGAUUCACAAUCACAGACUUACGUCCUGUGUUUGUAUCCUCCGUCAGCGCAAGCGUCCUUUUUAAAUUUGUGUUUACAUCUAACCUGAAAAAACUGUUUUGAUGCCUUUUUUACGAAAAAUCAGCCAAAAUAGGCCUCAGAACGAACUAUGUACAAGGGAGAUUGCAAGUGGCAUCAUGAUUACGUACGUCUAGCUUUUGACACCGGGUUUAAAUUUGAAAGACACAAGUCGGACGAUUCUGACAGAAAUAAAAUAAGUUUAAUUGAUGUUGAUCGAGUAAUCGAAGAGAGAGACUUUGCAACUGUAGAGAAACUCAUUCCAGGAAUUACAAAAUUUAUUCUAGACCCUGACCAGGCCCAGAUUUUAGACGUUAGUUUUGUAAAAACGUUUAAAUUGAGUCAACUUGCGAUUCAGUAUUUAUUAUUUUGUAAAAAAUAUCUCGAUAAUACUGUGAUUCUGUUGAAAGAUGAAGUAAAGAAAAUUCGAGAGGAAAAUAAAGAAUUAAACCUAUUUGUUGACGACCUCAAAGACCAUAUUUCAACUUUGAUGCGUGAGAUUGACGAAAAAGUCGCUUUUAAAUGCGAGCAGUGCAAUAAAGUUUUCUCAAGUGAAGAGUUUUUAAAUUCGCACAUUAAGCGCCGCCACAGUGUCCCCAUACAGGAUCCAGAAACAGAUAAACUUCAGAUGGAAAUCAAAGAAUUGAAAGGAAGACUCAACGAUGCAGAAAAAAAGAUACAUAAGGAGCACCAUGAAACUGAUUCGAAUAUCAGUAGGGAAUCAGAGUUUAAGAAGAUCGAAGAUUUGCAGCAAAAGUUUGAAGAUUUACGACUGCAAGUCCAGUCUGAAUUGAAGAUUUUGCAGACGCAACAUAACUUUCAGGAGAAAUAUGAAAAGUGGUUUGAGAGAAUGGCGUUUCAAGGGGGCAGUUUAGGGCGAAGAAGGGAGAGUAUGACGCAGACUGAUUUGGGGGUGGAGGAGGGGACGUCAAAUCGUGUUGUUAUUUAUGAGGAGAAAAACAAAGAAAAUGUGCCGGAGUUGACUAACGCUCAGAAACAGAUUACGCAAUUUGAAGCGGUUCUGGAAACUAAAAUGACGUCUAGUUUGCAAAAAAUUGAAGAUCAGAUGCAGUCAUUUUGGAAUAAGUUGAGUGAAAUGGAGAUGUACAGAAGUACAGUUGUGGAAGAAAAUCCUAAACCUUCAAUCAAGCCUAGAAGCAAAUAUUUUGUUAAAAAAUUAGAUGAAACGAGGCAUAGAAACGAUUCUAGUCAGCAACGUGAUAAAAAACAUGCCAAAAAUGUUCCUCUUGAAGAAGCAAAAGAAGAAGAAAUAACCGAUUCUAGUCCACAAUGUGAUAUAUCGAGAAAUCAAGAAAUAUCAAAAGUUCCUUCAAUCAAGGUUAUGAAAGCUCAACCCCAAAUAAAGGUUUCUAAAAUCAAAACGGAAAAAAUUGAAUCUGGGAUUAAUUUAACUGAAAUUGAUGAUGAUACCACAACCUCUGAAACACUUGCUUCUGAAGAAAAAAUCUCAGAAUCACCUAAAGAAAAAGUAUUUAAACCGCCUUUAAAGCCUCCGCCUGUUCCUAGAAAGCGGCCGAAAACAAGUAAAGAAGAUGUUUCUGGUUAUGUAAUAGACGACGAACUAUUACAACACUUUAAAUUAGAAAUUGAAAAUAUUAUAAAAACACGUUUGCAAGACUUGGGCGUUUCACCUGACUGGAACGGCCUUCCUAAUCGUUCCUAUCAGAGAGCACUAGAAAUUAUAAAUCAUCAAGCAAACUUGACGUACUCAAAUUUUGAUUCAAUUGCAUCAAAAAUUGAAAAAGAUGUGGCGAGACAAAUCGAUGCAAAACACCAACCAAAGAAAUUCGUCAAAGCGAAACCGAAAAAAACAAAAGUCUCGGCUCAGAUUGAGAUCAAAAAUCGGCAAAUGUACGAUACUGACUCUGAAAGUGAGAUAAAGCCAAUUAAAGUCAACGAGAAACAAUUCUCAGCGCCUUAUUCGGCUGUGAUAGCGGAACUGAAAACUGUAACGUCCAAAAUUGACGCUUCCGAUAAAUCUGAUUCGUCAAUAAAGGAAGAGAAACGGGUCAAGGAAGACCACACUAAGGGGGUUUUAAAGAGUUACCCUUCAGUGGGGUCCCUCACAAAGAAAAAAGUUUUGUUUAAUUUGGACACUGAAGAGAAGAAAGAAUUACCCUCGAAAGACGGCGGAAGCACUACAAGUAUCACAAGCUCGGUGUUUGACGCCACACCCCGGAAUGACGAGACCAAGAAAAGAAACAAAGAUAUUGAAGAUUUAUCAGACUUUGAUUUUAGCGAUAUGUAGAGUUAAGUUGUUUUGUAGCGCAUUCUUCUGAAUAAAGUUACCUCAAAGUA